AUGCGCGUGCACUUCCUGCCGGUACGACCGCCGAACGUGAAGACGACGCAGCGAGAAGUCGAGCUCGACCAGGCCGAGGCGCGAGUUCAUGCCGCGACGGUCUCCUCGAGAUGGCGACAAUAUGCGGCGCCGCCAGAGUCGCUGGCUGAUUCGAAGGGCCGAAACAGCAAGGGGAAGAGGACCGGUGGUCGCACUCGUAGCGCAAGGUCCCGACAUCUCACGGCGCGGCACUUUGACAAGGAAAACCGGCCAGGCCCGAUUCAGGAAGACACGGCACUGCGAGUCCAGGUCGCCUACCCCGUGAUUGAGCGCGGGAAGAGUGGCAGGUUGGACCCGUUCAUUCGACUCGCCGGAGAGGAUGACCUGUCGAGGCGGGAUCGUGAUCUAAUCCACUUUUAUCUCACUACCGGUCCCGCCCAGUAUGGCACGUCGGAUCGCCCGUCCUUCUGCCCCACGCGCGAUUGCACCGUCCCGCAACUCGCCACCAACGCCGUCUACGUCCGGUGGCUGGCCUUCGUGGCCGAGAUGAUGACCAUUUCCAUGACGAAAACCGACACUCUGACCGGCAAGAUGGCCAUCGCGGCGCGACGCGCCACGAACUACAGACUUAUGCGCCGGAUGAUGGCGGACGCUGACAAUUGGGACCGGACCUCGACCGUCUUCAGUUUGAUCGUCGCUGCGAUAUCGGAGUUCAGAGCAGGAGACGCGUCAGUGGCGAAAAAGCACCUGGCCAUGGCGACUGGGUUGUUGGAGCGGAAGCGUGGGUUGAUGACCAUCCAGGAGAUGGAGUUUACAGAGGGGGUGAUUAUCUUAUACGCCUUUACGAGUCUUCAAUUGCCGAUCUUGGAGACAUCGGCCAGUCUGGCGGGUGCUUUGGAGCGAUGGAGAACAACGACGUCGAUGCUCAAGAGUGAGAAGAUGCAGGGGGCAACAGUGCCUGGACGCUUGAUCACCGAGCUUGCGUUGCCGACAAGGCCGCAGUGGGGACCACAGUUGGCGUGCCUACACAUCUUGAACUGUAUUCUUUCAAGGUGCAGCGAGGAGGAUGGCCAAGAGUAUGUCGAGAACCUUACGAGGAUGACGAGCGGUAGCCGAGGGACCGGUAAGCUCGCUCCUGUGGCGAUAUUCUUCAUGCUCUGCUCGUGUGCAGAACGCAUGGGCUGGUGGCACGCACGGACUGCAGGUCCCUUGACGACGUGGGAGACGAUCGAACUUAUCGCCUUGAUGUACUUUGCCCCAAGGAAGAGAGUAGACUUCAUGGCCUUUUUAGCAUCGAGAAUCCACAAAGGGCCGAUGCUUGACUUGGACAUCAACGAGGUGGAGGCCGAGAUCGUUUUGAAUUGGGAACUGAAGCAUGGAAACCACGGCGGUGCAUUCGGCUGA